GUGAUUGGCUGACUCUAAUACGAGCUACGCCACUGGGGGCGGCCCGAAGAGGAGCGCAAGCGCACUGCGUUGCGAGUCUCGGGACCCCUUUCCGAGACUAUGGCGCUCAACAAGAAUCACUCCGAGGGUGGCGGAGUGAUCGUCAACAACACCGAGAGCAUCCUAAUGUCGUAUGAUCAUGUAGAACUUACGUUCAAUGACAUGAAGAAUGUGCCAGAGGCCUUCAAAGGGACCAAGAAGGGCACCGUCUACCUUACCCCUUACCGGGUCAUCUUUCUGUCCAAGGGGAAGGAUGCCAUGCAGUCCUUUAUGAUGCCUUUCUAUCUGAUGAAGGACUGUGAGAUUAAGCAACCUGUGUUUGGUGCAAACUACAUCAAGGGAACAGUGAAGGCCGAAGCAGGAGGUGGCUGGGAAGGCUCUGCGUUGUACAAGUUGACCUUUAUGGCAGGGGGUGCCAUCGAGUUUGGACAAAGGAUGCUACAGGUGGCGUCUCAAGAGUUCUAUCCGGGACCUCCCAUGAUGGACGGGGCCAUGGGAUAUGUGCAGCCCCCGCCACCGCCCUACCCUGGGCCCAUGGAACCUCCGGUCAGCGGCCCUGAUGUUCCCUCCACUCCUGCAGCCGAAGCCAAGGCCGCAGAAGCAGCUGCCAGCGCCUAUUACAACCCAGGAAACCCCCACAACGUCUACAUGCCCACGAGCCAGCCUCCGCCACCUCCCUACUACCCCCCAGAAGAUAAGAAGACCCAGUAGACCCCUCACACCCCCUGCCUCCCACCUCUCAUCACUCUUUCAUUCCCUCCCCUUGGGGCCCAGUCUGGGCUUGGGCCUGUGAUGAGGGGGCCUUGUUCUUCCUCCAGGUCUGAUGAUAAAACACUUACCAGGAACUAGCGUUGAGGGAAGGAGGGGCCCUUGACUCGGGAGCAGUGCCUCCCAGCUUCCCACCCAGCCCGCAGCCCAGGCGCUGCUCAGCGCACUUCCCUCCCACCGUUGCUGGGCUCUCCUUGGGCACGCGGGGCAUCCCCCUCCUUCCCGGCUUGCUCUAGCAACUUCUACCCAUGGAGGGACUCUCUGGCCACCUCCUCCACCGCAGUCCAGCUCCUCGUUUUGGUAGCCACUUUAUACUCAGCCUCCCGAGCUCCCGUUGGACCAGCUGCGUGUCUUCCCGAGGGCCCUGCCAGGCCCCCUCACAUUCCCUCCGCUCUGGUCUGCGCCUCGCCCAGGAAGCCACUUUCCCACCGGACUGUCAGCCCACAUUCAGUUCCUAGCCGCCCUCCAGCCCAGUCAUACAUGCCUUCCCUUCUCUGUCCUGUCCUUGCUUUCUGUGGCCACCACUGUGGGACUUUGGGAGCUUUACCUUGAGCUGCCAGGGGCUGGGUGGCAUGAGGGUCAGGCCACAGUGGCUGGGGGAAGGAGCCCCUGCUUCCCUGCUGGUGUUUCUGGAAUUUGGUUCCCUUUGCCUUCUCUCUUUUCCCUCUAGAAGAGGCCUCUUGGACUGGAACUGGAGAAUGCAUGUCCAUCCCACCAUGCCAUUUGGGGGCUGCUGGGCAGGCUGGGAACAAACCCCUGACUCCAGGGGCCUGGCCUGGGCCUGUGUGCUGACCAUAACCUCUCCCCAGCCCCUCAGCCUGCCCUCUUCCCUUUAAGCUUCAUGCCUGGUUGGCGAUAUGUCCCCUGGAUGCACUAAAAUUUGCUCUCAUUUGCUCCUGGACUGGCCAUGAAGUGAGGAGAUGGUUAUUUAAAGAGAAUUCCCUAUUUAUUUGACAAAAAAAAUCCAGUUAAUAUAUUAAUGUGAAAUAAACCCUCUUUGCACCUUGAUUUGUUUGCUGGAAAUGUGAAGUAGUAAAAAUGAAGUGACUGGA